GUGAUCAUCUCACAGCUGAAGCUUGGGCCGCCCGUGAUUGAAGUCGUCUGGUAGCUCAUGUGUUUGGGGAACGAUUUUCUCAAUUGAUGGCAUGGUUACUUUCAUUGACGAUUGAUCCUCAUGAUUUGCUUCAUGGCAGGGGUUCGUGAUUCUACCAGAACAUGUCGCCCACUUAAACUGCAGCUACGUUCCGUUAUAGCUGGAAUAAGGACAUUUGAUAUUGCAUUCUCCAGAGGUUCCUCAGUAGAAGAUCCUGAAUAUCAGGCAGUGUUGGAAGGAAAUAGAUCCAGCGGUGUUUCAGGCCAAAGGUGAAAGCAACAUAGCAUUCUUGAGGCUGUGACAGUGCAAACUCGGCUAGCUUGGCCACUUCUUCUGUCCAGCUCGUGACUUUGUUACUGAUGUAUUAUAAGAAUAAUAAUUGUAUUAACCCUUUAACUCCCAUGAGUGACCAAGACAGAAUUUCUCCUUACGAUAUCAAUACAAUAUCAAGCAGGAUAGUGAUGAGAUUAGAGAAAAAUAUAAAUAAGGAGAUUAUUAGUUGAUUGAAUACCAAAUUCUUUGAAUGAAAUCUAAAGAAUUGUAUAAAAUACAGUAAGAAGAAUUACUAAUGAAAUCUUGGCAGUGAAAGAGUUAAUUUAGUACUGAGAGACUUCACUUUAAGAUGAUAAGAGGUACAUUCCAAUAAAAGUGCCUAAACAAAAAUCAUAGGUUGCCAUUCUUGGUCAUUCAAGGACACAAUUUAGUUCUUUAUUUGUGUUUUCGCAAAGUGGCAUUUUUUUUCAUUCCAUCCAGCUAGGUGAUGAUAAAUGGCUGCAUUUUGCUGACAUGUCUUUAAGGCUUUUUCCUUCCAAAAACUAUUGCUUGAUAAAUAUGAUAAAAUAACUAAUCACUCUCACUGAGUGAGAUUAGGGUAGCAAAACUGGUCUAUAAGUGGUAUGCUUCUGCAUGAAAUAAGUUAUUGAAAGCAAUUGUGGAGGUCAGUUGAACAAAGGGGUAAGUUUCUGAAGAAACUGUGGUGCUGGGUCGGUGGGAGAGUAUAGCAGUGUAAUUUAGUGUUAUCAUUUGAGUUGAUAAAGUAAAUUGGCCACUGUAAAGAGUUUAAAAGCUUUUGAAUCUUCCACAGGAGACAAUGGAGAAACAAUCAGAAUGAAUGCAACAUGGGAAGAUCCUAAGGUACAUGUAACUGUUCAUGUAAUUUCAAUCCUGUCAGAUCCUCCCUAAGAUUGGUAGAACUGAGAUGCACUUGCUUGUUUGUUUUGUUGUUUGUUUUAUUUGCUUCUUUCAAACUUCAGCUCCAAGAAUUAUGGUUGCAGAAAAGAACCUCACUUUUGCAUUUUUCUCUAAAAGAGGGAGUUGGAUUUUGGAUAAGAAUUCCUUCUGCUCCAUAAUUCCCAUAAUAGUAAAAAUAAAAAUUUCAUACCCUACACUGAACUAAAAUUUAAGAGCUUUACUAAUAAGUGAUAGGAAAAGCUAAUGAAUGUUAAAUUCAGAUUGCAGGGAUAUUUUCAAGAGAGAAAUGCAUGGCAAUAAAAUUGGAUCACAAGAGGUAAUUACUCAGUAGAAAAUUCAAUUUUCCUUUGGAAUGCAAAAUUUAUUUAUUUAUAAUGUAAUAUUUAUCAGUAACCAAUAGAUGAACUUGUAUACUACUAACAGACACCAUAUUAACCUUAAACAGGUCAGGAACACUUCAGUGUAUCUUUUGUGAAACUUAUUUUGAUUAGCUGGUUAUGGUUAAAUGGUUAGCUGCAGUACUCUUAAAAUGCGAUCUUUUUCCGCAUCUAAAAUAUGUAUUUUUGUACAGUCUGUAGAUUACCACUUCCUGUCAGGUGUAAGGUUUUUUUUUUGGUUGAAUAAUAGAAGUUCUAGGAACCGAUUCCCCAAGUACACUGAAAAGGAGUUAUACUGAAACUAUUUACGAGAAUGGUGUCUGUAAGCAGCUGCCAGAGCAGUUUAAGAAAUUGUUAUGUUUGCUCAUGGCUGCUAAAGAAUAAAGAAAAAAAUUUUAAUCAAUUAAUCCUAACCCCUUAAAGUGAAUGUGGCUUUUUGAAUGUUUAAAUAUAGAGGUUACGUUUGAGUUGAGAUCUCUGCAUAUGAGAAAGCAUCCCCAAUAUGAUUGUGCAUUUUUCAGUUUUUAGGGAAAUGAUUACACUUAGUCUGUUUUGCUUAGCAACAUAAUUCAGUCAGAAAAUUUCAUUCUUUUACUUUCUUCUUGAUCUACUCUAGUGAGGACUGCAAGCAGUUUUCUAAACUUUGUAUCCUUUGAGAGCAUAGAAGUCACAUGUGAUUGAAACUGUUGUAGAUGUAUCUAAAGAAUUGUAGACUUUUUUUUAAAGAUACACAUGUAUGGGAAACACCAUAGGAUUAUCAUAUUCUUUUAAGUGCCCAAACAUUGCUGAAUUGCUUGGAAUGGUUAAUGGUAAAAACUGCAUGAAAAUAUGCUUUAAUUUGAUACAUUUACAAAUCACUCCUAGUUAUAUAGUCAAUAAAUGUGUACCUCUCAGGUGAUUGUUAGGCAACCAAAUGAGAGCUCAAUCAACUCUUCCAAAAGGUAAUUUAGUGAUAUUAUUAUUAUUGUUAUUAUUAUUAUUAUUGUUGUUAUUAUUAUUAUUAUUAUUAUUAUUAUUAUUAUUAUUAUGUCAAUUGUUGAUAUUCACAUGCAGAUCCUAAGAAAAUUUUAAUCAUAUUGCUGCUUGCAAAAAUACUUUUUUGAUGCAAUAUAAAAGAGGCCUUAACUUGCCAUCUUAAAUAUGUAGACCCUCUAGUUUGCAUUCCUGCCACAUAUUUUAUUGGUGAAAGUGGUUUGCCUUUAGAGGUUGUUGGUGGAAGUCUUCCUGUGGACCAAUUUGUUACAAAAGCAGAGAAAGUUUUUGAGGUACUGUAAAUAUUUUUAUUCAGGAUGUGGAAUACCCUCUUACUCACAUUUGCACUAUUUGAUGGGUAACCAUUGUAAACUCUGUAUCAAUGGAAAGGUUACAAAAUGUGCCAUCUGCCAAAAGCAGGUUUCCUUCUAGCUUUAUAUAAUUAUAAAUUGUCUUGAGGUAUUCAAUUUUUUGUUCCCAUCUAGUUGUGCAAUUUUUAUCUUUUUGAAUUUUGGGCUUUAUUACAUUUUAGACUCACUUGAGGUCAACUUCAAUCAAACCUGUAUCAAGCACUGUGUCUCAGAACAGUGAAGCUUCUAUUUCAAGUGAGCAAUCUUCAGUAAGUAGCUCUCCUGCAGCAGAGCCUGCAUCACAACAGAACCAAGAGGUUUCUAACAGAGAGACUGAACCUAGACCAGGACCAUCAGAGGUGGGAAAAAUAGAUGAGAUAGUUCAUGUAAUAGUGUAGUUUGAUUGUUCAGGUGAGUGUAGUCCUGAGAAAGGCUGUUGUGUAACUUGCUCAGUUCCAUGUUAAAACUGACAACCUUUAUUUAUUAGGAAAUCAUUAUGAUUUAUACAAAGUGCAGUGCUUGUACUUUUGCUAAUUGCAUAGUUGUGCAUGCUGUGCGAGUGCAAAAGGUGACAGUUAUAUAGUGCAACAGUUGUUGGUAGUGGUAACAGAAGUUUCAACAUCAUCAUCAUCAUCAGAGUUAAUUCCUUGACUCUAACAACAGUAUUACAUGUUACCUCUAGGUUCAAACCAUUUACUGUAGAGAUAGUCAACAUAUGAAGUUGUCAUUCAGUAGCAUGUUGCUUAAUUGGAUAAUUCAAUUGAGAAGGCCAUGAGCUACAGCUGUACUUCUUUUUUAUUCCAAGGUUUGCAGAUUUAUGGCAUUGUCAAGGAUAACAAUGCCCUUAUUGUCUAUUUUGGAAAAUUUUCAAGUGAAGAUGGUUGGUUUUGGCCUAGGCUAUGAUUGUACAUGUAUUUUUUAGACAAAAAAAUCAUAAGUGAAUGGAUUUGAGGAUUGUAAACUUAGGAAAAGUAUGAACCACAGCUGAUAAUUCAUUUACUGUUUGAUUCUUAAGAGCCUUAUGGCAGAGACCAACAGAAGGAAUUAUUAGAAGACAAAGUGGAAAG